GCUGGCGCUGCACUGACAGACUCUUGAGGCUGCUGCUGCUCUCCGCAUUCUGCAACGCUGCGGGGACUGGCAUCGCCUGGGAAAGCUUAAUCAUCAAUCACUGCCCUCGCAGCCCUGCCAUCGCGUUGUGUUGCGUUGCGUUUCUUUCUGUGGCAGCUACCGCAGACUCGCCCUGCAAAGCAAAGGGUGCGGAGAUCUAGCUUCGUCUGCGCCUAUCGUCUUGCUUCUGUCGUCUACUAUUGCCUGUACUGUGCUCAGAGGAGACCAGGUUGGACGAGGGAGUGAUUGACAGGGGGCGAGCGAUUUGGAGCUAGUCAUCAUGGAGAGUGUAUUCAUUUAAGUCUCUUUCCGUUUUGGAAGCUGUAUCUUGAAUCCAUGUUCUCAAACUUGGGCUCUGUUUGUGCCUGACAUGCAGAGAACAGGGUUAAUGGUUCGCUUAGGCUCUGCGUGGCUUCGUGUUUCUGGUUGACGCUGCUUGUUGUGGAAGGUUUCUAUCCCAUUUGUGGAGCUGUUUCGAUCACACUCCGUGGGGAGUGUCGGAACUUCUUGCGCUGCUGACGAAGGAGAUGACACCGUCGUCACCUUUGCCACAUUACUGCCGAGUUCCUCACAUUCUCUCUGAAUUCUUUUAGGGUAUAAGCAGAGGACUGUUCUUUUGUAAGCUAGCGAUUUAAGCCACGUUAUAUUCUUCGUGAACACUUUUUUCCCCCCUUCACACACGCAGUGAGCCCCUUCUCGUGGACGGAGUGAACUCUGGCGUUGUUUCCUUGAAUCGACUUCUGGGUAGUGCGUCGAUGUUGUAAAUGAUACGCGGAUAAGAUGCGAGUAUCAGCUUUAGAGGGUGGUGUACGUCUUCGUCUGAGUGUGUUCAGUAGGGCCGUGUACAAUACGUGAACGCGAAAGCACCAUCUUUUUUACACCCAUGCUGUGACCCAUGAGUGUUCCGUAGUAUCGAACCCUGGAACUGUUUUGCAGGCUUCAAUGGCCCCACACCCGAGGUCUAUGUGUAGAAAGUCCUCUUUUCCAACAAAUACCAUGCACCAAUUAUCGCCAGCCAAGGUCGACCUCUUCAUCUCUUAGGUUGGGGGGGGGGGGGGGGGGGGGGGGAGGGGGAGACGUUUUUAGGCCACCAGGUCUGAGGUAGCCCUCAAGGAAGGCUCCGGAACGCUCGGCAGGUUGCAUCUUGUGCAGCAUAUCAAAUUGCUGCAAGUAGAUCGUCACAAUGCACGACGCAUUCCCCUCUUGCUUUGGGGAGUAUGGAGUGCAAGUGCUGGAUACUUCAGCGGGGAGUAACAAAGUUACGCAGAACCUCGUUACUUGUUUAUACCAAACAAAGCUGGCGGGAAAGUGUAGACCACUCUCGAUCACUUGGUUCAAGAAUCUCAUCGGUCAAGGCCUUAGUGUAAAUGUUGAUGUCGACCAGCACAUGUGCAAGGUCGACAUGAAGCCGUGGAUGUUCUGGAAGAAGCAGGGUCUGAAAAGUUUCGAAGUGGAUGAUAUCAAAGUUGAAGUCUAUUGGGAUCUCUCCUCAGCCAACUACAUUUGCGGUCCGGUCCCCAGCGACAGCUUCUUCGUGGCGGUGGUAUCGGCCGGGGAGGUAGUUCUAUUGCUCGGCGACAUGUACAACGAAGCUUACAAGAAGACCAAGGCCAAGCCUGCUUCAAUUGAGGCCAUUCGAGUUUCCAGAAGCGAGCACGUCUUCGGUAAAAGGUAUCACUGCACCAAGGCACAAUUCGAGGAGGGCGGCAAGGCACACGACAUUGUCAUCGAGUGUCAGAUUCGGCCCUCCAGCGAGCCUCGCAUGUAUGUCCGGGUGGACCAACAGAUUGUUGUGCAAGUGAAGCGGUUAAUGUGGAAGUUCCGAGGGAACCAAACCAUUGUCGUGGAUGGUGCACCUGUGGAGGUUUUCUGGGAUGUGCACAGCUGGUUGUUCAACCCACGAGCAGGCCACGCCGUGUUCAUGUUCCAAACGUGCUUGUCAUCAGACAAGCCAUGGCUCAAGGAGGUGGAUGCUUGCCCAUCUGUGCUUCAAUGGCCGGGCACCUACAGCUUCAAAGACAAACACUCAUCAGUAUCAGGGAACUAGUCCUCCAGCAGACUGUGUUGUUAGCUCCUUCAAUACCCAUACGACUUGAUCUUCUUCGUGAUAUCGGCAUCACACCGACACAUAUCAGAGGUGCGUAUCAGGACUGCAUGAGAAUAUUCUAUGCAAAUGCUGAGGACAUCCCGGAAAACUUAAAAAUAGCUCGGGUAUGAGAUUGUUGACUGUGAAUAGCUCCGGAAUGAGAUUAUUGAGUAUGAAUGGGUGAUCAUAGAUCAGGACGAAAUGCUCCGAUCGGCAGAUGCUUUCUUUCUGUUGAAACUGUGACUCAUUUGUCAGCUUCAUGUUUGCUCACUGAGUAGAUCAUUAUCCUCGUUCAUAUCAAUUUACAAUGUCUGGUUUCAUUUGAUAUUGAAACACAUGGAACAUUCAUUAGACAGUUCAUGCCAUUACUCUACCACAAUGCUUGUUCUUCUUCUUAUUAUCCAUUGGUUGGAUUGCUCGAGGAUAGAAAUAAAUCAUGUUUAAAAGGC